AUGCUUGACCCCCCGUGCCAAGGCAGCCCCAACUUGAAGUUUGAACUCGCUGCGCCCCCGCGUUGGAAAUUCGCGGCCGGUGACAGGCUCAUCGGCCACCUAAUCCGCGACACGCCGGUCGUCACGCCCAAGGCCACCCUAAAGCUGUGGUUGACAGGGAAUAUAAGAACCACAAUCUUACCACGAUCUGCAAAGACCACUCAGCGUCGCUAUGUCGACGACUGGGACUUUCUGGAGCAGACGGGAAGUGUCAUUUUCAGCGGCCCUCUGCAUCUUCCUGACGGAGGUGAAAAUGCUCUGAGCUGGCCGUUUUCAAUACAGAUUCCCUCGCAGACCGUUGCGAGGCAGGACUAUAUGAGCAAAGAGAGCUUCCUACCGCUAUUCCAGGGCCAUCCUUUACCAGGAUCCUUUGAAUCACAUGGGAAGGAUCGCUCUUCAGAGGGCCGCAUUGAGUAUGCUCUGCAUGCGAGAUUGCACUAUACUGUUGGCACAUCCCACAAGGUUUUCAAUGCAACUUUGCCCAUACGGAUACGACAUCCAAUCCAAGAGGCUGGCCCAUCUGAAUUCAUGGAGUUCUCUUCACCAGAAACGUUUAUGCAAAGCCAACGACUGCUCCCGGGGAUGGAGGACGCCGACUUGUCACUGAGACAAAAGACUCAGAAACUUCUUGGCUCGAGUAAGGUGCCCAUGUUCCAAUAUAGAAUUGUCGUGUCGUUGCCUACCGUGAUCCAACUUGACAAUCCGGACCCUGUCCCGAUUAUAUUGAACGUUGUUCCUUCGCUCUCAAACACGACCGCCUCCAUCAGGGACAUUCCACGGACGGCUCGAAUCAACUGGAUCAGGCUGCAUAUCAAGCACCAUACUACGCUCCUUGCGCUGCAUGAUUUCAAUCCUUCCAAGGCAGAGUCAGCUAAACAGUCAUGGUCUGCCGACCUGGACCUGGAAGAUGCAUUUGAGCAGCUCAAGAUUCCGAUGGUGAUAUCGACAGGAGAGGACAACAAGCCGAUUGAUAUCGGCACCAUGCUACGUCUUUCUCUCCGUUCUAAUGGUGGUCUAUUUAGCGACGAAAAGAUGCUUACAUGGACUCCCAAAACGAUUUCCCCGGAUUUCACAACGUACACCAUCAAGCAUACCCAUGAACUCAGGUUCAAUACAAAUGUAACUAUUGCAGGAGAGACCCAGAUUGUGAAGACCAAAGCCACGGUAAGAAUAAUUGGAGCGGAUUAA